UCUGCAGUUGGUGGUAUCACAAGUGCAUUUUAUGCAUUCAAUCACGUGAUGCCUAUUGUUCAGAGACGUGUGAAAGGACCUAUGUGGCUGCAAUAUUUUAUUGGUGCUCCUCCUGUGAUAGUUUUGGCCUCAACUUGUGCUGGAUUGGCAGGGGGUGCUGUUCCUUCAUUAGCACAACUUGCUUCAUCAUCCUACCAUGCAGCAGUUUCUUCUUCAUCCACUCAGAACGAUGAGAUGCAGAGAUCUCUCCCCUCAUCUACUAUUUAAGUAUCUUUAUUUAUUUAUUUUAUAAUAUAUUUGGUUUGUUUUGUUGGUCUCUUACAAAGUUAAAAAAUCUGGUAUAUAUGCAUAUGUUUAUACAGUUGAGUAGUGCAUCAUAUCCUAUUGUGGUCUUUAAUGCUCUUUAAAACUUGUCUAAAUAAAUGCCAACAUUAGAUGCCUUUCU